AUGAGAACUACUCCCACAGCUGCCCUGGAGGCCCUACUUGAUUUAACACCCCUACCCUUUUACAUACAGCAAAUAGCUACACUAACGGCGCUUAGACUGCGUACGUUAAAUCUGUGGAGGAAGUGUAAUACCCCGCAUACGUCAGUGUUGGAUACGCUCAUAGCAGAAGUACCAAUUACCGACGCAAAACAGGACUUAAUUCCGAAGCAGUUCAUCUUCGACAAGAAAUAUAAAAUACAAUUGCAAGAGCACGGUCCCACAAAUCAAGGGAACCACAAAGAGCUUAAGAUCUACACAGAUGGAUCCAAAACUGAUCAAGGAACAGGUGUAGGUGUUUUCUCAGAGGACCUUAACAUCAAAAUAUAUAAACCGUUAGGCACACAUAACUCAAUUUUCCAAGCUGAAUGCAUGGGAAUAAUUGAGGCAGCACAGGCCAUAGCUGUUAGGAAAGCCGCAGGCGAGAAUAUACGCAUACUAACCGACAGCAUGGCAGUACUACAGGCACUAAACAACAUCACAGUUAAUUCGGGCCUCAUUUAUGAAUGUCACCUGAAACUUAAUGCAGUAGGGACAUCUAAUAACAUUAUCCUCCAAUGGAUUAAAGGACACAGUGGUUCGAGGGGGAAUGAUGCAGCAGACGAAUUAGCCCGCCGAGGGUCAGAUAGCAGAGCUAUCGGCCCAGAGCCCAUCGUUCCCCUACCAGCAAGCUAUCUAAGAUCACAGGUCGCAACAAGGAGUCACGCACAACACUGCACCUCCUGGGACAAAAUCGAUACAUGCAGGCAGUCAAAAGAAGCCCUACCAAGGAUUAACAGGAGGGUAACUAGGAGGUUGCUUCAAUUAAACAAGGCACAGCUACGGACAGUUGUGGCUGCCAUCACUGGACAUGGCAAUUUUAAUAAACAUUUGUUUAAUACAGGUAUUACGGACAGCCCCCUAUGCAGAGCGUGCAUGGGUGAUGAAGAAACAGCAUCCCACGUGAUACUGCACUGCCCAGCAGUGCAAGAGUACAGGGUAAAACAUCUCGGAUCGCCGAGAACACUCCCAGAGAUCACCGACAACAUCAAAGGGUUGCUGGGAUUCUUUGGAGAGUUGGGUUGGCUGGAGUGA